AGCCCCGCGCUCGCGGCCACCGCACCCAGGGCGCCAGCGACGACAUGGGCAGCCGCGGAGCGCCCGAUCCGCGCGCGGAUGUGAAUUACUAAGAAGAAAAUGGCCCAACAGGACACUGUAUUUCCUUCUCUUGUCACCCAGGAAGGGUAUACUAUCUGGAAAAUAUGCAUCUAAGGCGAGUGAGGACCAUGCCCCGACACAGCCAGUCCCUGACCAUGGCACCCUACUCCUCCGUGAGCCUGGUGGAGCAGCUGGAAGACAGGAUCCUCUGUCACGAGAAAACCACAGCAGCACUGGUAGAGCACGCCUUCCGCAUCAAAGAUGACAUCGUCAGCAGUUUGCAGAAGAUGCAGAACAAAGGGGGAGGUGACCGCUUGGCCAGGCUGUUCUUGGAGGAGCACAUUCGAAACAUAACCGCCAUUGUAAAGCAGCUCAAUCGGGACAUUGAGGUUCUCCAGGAGCAGAUCCGCGCCAGGGACAACAUCAGCUAUGGGACUAAUUCUGCCUUAAAGACGCUGGAGAUGCGCCAGCUCUCUGGCUUGGGAGAUCUCCGAGGAAGAGUUGCCAGGUGUGAUGCCAGCAUAGCCAGACUCUCGGCAGAGCAUAAGUCGACCUACGAGGGACUCCAGCACUUGAACAAGGAACAGCAAGCAGCCAAGCUGAUCCUGGAAACAAAGAUCAAAGACGCAGAAGGACAGAUUUCUCAGCUUUUGAACAGAGUAGACCUGUCUAUCUCAGAGCAGAGCACCAAACUGAAGAUGUCCCACAGAGACAGCAACCACCAGCUGCAGCUCCUGGACACUAAACUUAAAGGUACAGUCGAGGAGCUCAGCAACCAGAUAUUAUCUGCACGGAGUUGGCUGCAGCAAGAGCAAGAACGGAUAGAGAAAGAGCUUUUACAGAAGAUCGACCAUCUUUCCUUGAUUGUGAAGGAAAACAGUGGAGCCAGUGAAAGGGACAUGGAGAAGAAGCUCAGCCAGAUGUCGGCCAGGCUCGACAGAAUCGAAGAGAGUCAGAAGAAGAACGUGGAAGGGCAGAGAACGAAGCCGGAAGAUGAGAAGGUGCACGGGCGGAUCAGCAAACUGGAGUUACAGAUGAACGAGGACUUGAAGGAAAUGAAAGCCGAGGUUAACGCUGGGUUUACAGCCAUCUACGAGAGCAUAGGAUCCCUCAGACAAGUGCUGGAGGCCAAGAUGAAGCUGGACAGGGACCAGCUGCAGAAGCAGAUUCAGCAGAUGCAGAAGCCGGAGACUUCCAUGUGAGGAGGGCCGGGACAAGGACCUGACAGGAGAAAGCCUGCCUGCGGCACGAGGAGCCCAAUCCCGGCGGCCUGACCGCGGCUGCGGUCUGGAUCCCAUCCAAGGGUGUGCAUGUGCCAGGAAACGUGCUCUCAUGAGUCUAAAUGUUUACCUUUGGUCUUGAAAACACCCUUUCUUUAAAGAUCUUAAAUACAAUUUUUACAGCUUUAUUUCCCUCUCUAAGUGCAGUUGGACCCUAUCUCCUCAGAUUUUUGAAAGGCUUUUAUGAAUGAAAAGAAUUUAUUUUCAAUGCUUGAUGCUCUAGCCAAGACUACUAUUUUGGGAAAAAACAAAACAAAACAAAACAAAAACAAAAACAAAACCAAAAACCAAAACCAAAACAAACAAACCUGCCAUGGUGAUUUUUCUUUUUAAUUAAGAAAUGAAUGAGUUGCUCCGGGAAUGUAUUGCUCCUCACCCUACAUUCAGAAAAUGCCCUGGUAGAUUAGAGUUCAGCUUUACGCCCACAUCCGGAUUGUAUCACUGUUGUCUAUGCAUUUUUUUUUUUAUGUUGGGUUAUUUUUUUUGUAAAUCAUCUGUCUUUUGUAGAGAAGAGGUUUAACACUAGGGGUGGAAAACCCUGCCAUUUAUAUAACAAAAACAGCUUUUUAAAAUUGAUAAUUGCUAUACAGAUUACAAAUUAAGUGGAAACUUAAGACAUUUAUCUAGAUCCCAAACGGCACAAUAUUUAUAUCCACCCAGAGGUACCAGCUUUUAAUAUUUAAAGCUAUUUUUGGAGCCCUUCACAGCCUGUGUAGCGAUAGCCAUAUAUUUAAUAAUGUGAUGGUGGCUAGACAGUCUGUUCACUGCAUAGCUAAUUGUUUAUUAACUGUAAUGAAUGUGAGACUUUUUCUAACUUCACGAUUUACCUAAAUGUUCCCUAAACAGGCACUAAGUGCUAAGGUUUAUAGACAUUUGUUGUACCUGUAUAUCCGUGCCUUGGUUUCUAUCACAUCGCUGUACUGUCCCCUGGUUUUUGUUUUUUGUUUUUUUUUUUUUUUUAAAUUACCAACAAAAUAGAAAGUGUGAUAAACACAUCAGGGUUGGGAUGUAAAACUGGGAUCCUAUGUAUUUUUUAAACAUCCCAACGAUUUUAUCAUUGUCUCGAUGGCCCGAGUUCAGCAUCAUUCAUGGAACAGCCACCUUUGUAUGGACCGAGUCAGACCGAUACUGCAUUCACAAUACCGUGACAGGACUUGCGUCCCGGCACCUUUGUAGAUGUCGUGUUUUCAGUCGCCAUGUUUGAGUCAUUGACGACUUGGGCCUGUGCUGUGUGCUCGCCUGCGCUUGUGUCAUCUUGACCGAAGACACCCUGUGUUGCCAUGCGAGGGUACCCCAGGAGAGAGAGCAGGAGCACUUACCGGUUCCCAAAACAACACCCUGUCUUUUCCUCUCCUCUCUCAUUCGCAAGGACUCAGGAAAAUAAAAAGCGUUUUCUCUUUCUAGAAUAAAUGACAACGAGAUCCUAACUGGCUCUUACUGUUGACCCAUGUAAAGUAUGCUGCUCAAGAACUUACC